UAAUAAAAACAUGUUGAUUGUAUAAUAAACACAUGCAUGUUAUGAUAGUUGUAUAAUAAAAACAUGAUAAUUGUAUAAUAAAAACAUGUUGAUUGUAUAAUAAACACAUGCAUGUUAUGCUAAUUUGAAAAUACAAACAUGGCUGCAAAUUCCCAGGCAUGCGUGUGACAGCUUGUUUGUGUAAGCGUGUGCUGUGAUUGGCCGGUGACAAAUCCAAGGUGUACUCACCUCUCAGCGAAAGUGGACUGGGGUAGACUCCGGCCCAGCGGUGUCCCCAAUGACAACAAGCUCCACAGACCAUAAAUUGAUGUUGCCAUGACGACCGGCCUGGUUAUCAGCAACAAUUUCCUCCCCCAUCAGGUCCUUAAUGAAAUGUCAGCAACUGGAGUGGAAAAAAGUGUUUGAUCACUGCGUCUUCCCGCGGGCGAGCGAUCACAUGUUGUUGACUGUUUUUGUAAUCAUUCAUUCCAGCCGGGGCGACCUUUGACACCCCCCAGCUUUAUUUGCAGGGAAUGCUGGGUAUUGAGCGCCAGACAAGCAGAGUGAGGGGACACUUGAAGCAUCGAGGAGCGCCACCUUGUUGCCAUGACGACGGAGUCCAGCCCGCUCACCACGCAUGUGCUCAACACCAGCGAUGGCGUCCCUGCAGCCCGAAUGUCUCUCAGUCUGCAUCGACUGGACUCGGAGCUGAAGAUCUGGACCAUGCUGAACGUCGCGACGACCAAUGAGGACGGUCGCUGCCCCGGACUCAUCAGCCAGGCAGCCUUUGUCCCCGGCAUGUACAAGUUGCGCUUUGAGACGGGCUCCUACUGGGCCAGUCUGGGCCAGGACUCCUUCUAUCCUUACGCUGAGGUGGUGUUCAACAUCAGUGAAACCAAGCAGAAGAUUCACGUGCCCCUGCUGAUGAGUCGCUUCUCCUACAGCACCUACAGAGGAAGCUGAGCAACAUCAACACAUCCAUACACACUUUCAGCUUGUUUACUGACUUUCCAUGAGUGUAAAAUUACCUUUUUUUUUAAUCAUGAAAUACCAUAAAUAAAAACCAAAACAAUUCAAUCAAUCAAUCAAUCAAUCAAUCAAUCAAUGUUUAUUUAUAUAGCCCUAAAUCGCAAGUGUCUCAAAGGGCUGUUGGUUCAUAUACGUUUUAUUUUGAAACACAAAAAAUAGAAUAGGAAACAAAACGUUAUUUUCAGUGUAGAGAGUAAUAACUAGAUAUUAUUUUUUUUAUAAAUGUAUUAAAAUAUCCUGUUUCAGGAAGACCAGAUGAUCAAAGAUAAAUAUAUUUUUUUAUAUUUAAACGCAGGAUGCAACACCACAAAGUAGAGAUGUAUCGGCCGAUAAAUGCUUUAAAAUGUAAUAUCGGAAAUUAUCGGUAUCGUUUUUUUUUUAUCGGUAUCGGUUUUUUAAUUUUUUAAUUUUUUUAGAUUAAAUUAACAUAAAAAACAAGAUACACUUACAAUUAGUACACUAACCCAAAAAACCUCCCUCCCCCAUUUACACUCAUUCACAUAAAAGGGUUGUUUCUUUCUGUUAUUAAUAUUCUGGUUCCUACAUUAUAUAUCAAUAUAUAACAAUACAGUCUGCAAGGGAUACAGUCCGUAAGCACACAUGAUUGUGCGUGCUGCUGGUCCACUAAUAGUACUAACUUUUAACAGAUAAUUGUACUCUUUUUCAUGAAUUACUAGUUUCUAUGUAACUGUUUUUAUAUUGUUUUACUGUCUUUUUUAUUCAAGAAAACGUUUGUAAUUUAUUUAUCUUAUUUUAUUCUAUUAAUUAAAAAAAAAAAAAAGGACCUUUUUUUUUUUCACCAGCAUAGCCGCAACC